UUUUUUGGUCGAAUUGGGCAGGGCACAUGUCCGCUCUCCGUCUGUGCAAGGGAGCCGUCCAGUCGCCGCCGGGGCACCGGUGCUGGUCGGGGUGCUCGAGGUCGAGGAACCUUGUCGCCGCCGCUGCUGCCGCGUCCUCCUGCGCUCCAAGAGGGGCCGCCGCCGCCGCGUGCUGCCGGAACAAGCAUCAGGGGAGCUUCCGCUUGGUGCGCGCGUCUCCUUCCUUCGGCAGAAGCACCAGGGUGGUGCAAUGGGCCAUUAAGACUAUGGCAGACGACAAUCCCGACAAUUCAGGCAAUAGCACUCGGCUGUUUAAUGCAAUUCAAUCUUUCUUAAAGAAGUUGUCUGGCAAGCUGAAGAAAGUGAGUAGAGGGUUUCCAGUAAAGAUCCUAUUCUUUCUGAUAGGAUUUUACUGUGCCACGGCAUUUGCUACCGUCAUCGGGCAAACAGGCGACUGGGACAUACUUUCUGCCGGAUUGGCCGUUGCCAUCGUCGAGGUUAUUGGCGCUCUCAUGUACAGGGCUUCCUUUGCGCUUCUUGGCAGGAUGAAGAAUAUGAUUUCCAUAUUCAAUUACUGGAAAGCCGGGCUCACGCUUGGAUUGUUCUUGGAUUCGUUUAAAUUUUAGUACCUUGGUUCAUCCGCCAAAUGUUGCCCAAAUUACGCCUGCUCCUGCAUCCAUAACGACCCCGAUGGCGCAUUUGCAUCGAUGAUGAGCCCGAUGGCGCUGGCACAUUCCUCAUGUAUGAAGCUGUGCUCCUGCUCCUUGUCAUCCUCUCCCUCAGCGGGCAUCUUCUUGUGCUGCUCCCACUAGGACAGGCUCCGCUCUCUCCUCUGGUCUUGGCAUCCUGCCAUGCUGCAAGACAGCCUGCACACCAUCAUCUCCAUCGGAAUGGUGCCGAGCAGGCAGCUUCUGAGCACAAGGUAGUAUCAUGGCGCUGGCGCAUUCCUCAUAGCGUGGAAGCGGGAAAAGAGUGCGGCUUGCCUGUGAUCAUGCCUGGGGAUAACAUCCUGAAGUUCUUCACGAGGCUUGGCCCACACAAGACGCGCUGACUUGGAGCAAGGGCGAAGUCGAGGUGCAAGUCAGAUGUUCAGUUUUGUGAGACCGCUGGUAUCUGCAAGCGGGCUUAUGGUUGACUGAUUGUAGUUAGCCGUUAGCGACUUAUGAUUGAUGGAUUGAUUUAUAUAUGCAAGCGGCUUACGGUUGACAGAUUGAUUGUAUAUAAGAAGUGCGUUCGUGGGUUUUCAGAGAUGACGAAAAUAAUCUUUCAUGUGUAUUAGAUA